UGCAUCGCCCAUAGAGAGGCACUUGCGGCGAAGGAUGCUGCCGCUGCUGUGGCCGAGCUACAGAUCAUCGACAUGCUCAUCCCGCCAGGUGGAUCUCACAAUCCUCCCAGGCUUCGACUACAACAAGGCCGUCACGGAGCUGUGGGUGUUUACUGCUACCAUGGUGUCGCAGUACAAAGAUGACGAGUUUCAACAGGGGCUCACCUUGACUCUGGACAACAAUGAGUGGCAGCGGAGCUACCCCAACAUCCUCAAGCUGUGGCAGGCACUGGCGGUGCUCCCUCUCAGCACAGUGGAGUGCGAACGUGGUUUCUCGAAGCAAAAUCUGAUCAAGUCAUGGAGUCUGUAGCUAGGAAUAUAGUGCAUUUCAUAAC